AUGGACGCGUCGGGUCCCCGCCGGGCGCGGCGGGGCAGGCUGCGGGCCCGGCCUGCUGGCUCCGCGACCCCCCGCGCCGCCGUCCCGCACCUCCUCUUCCUCCUCCUCCUCCUCCUCGGCGCCUCCGUCGUCGCCCGAGCGCCCGGGGCCGCAGAUGGAUAUUUGGUUCGAUUACCAAGAAAUGUGCGCUUGUUCAAAGAUAAAGUGAAAAUAGUAGGAUCAUCAGAUUUUCCAGUGAACGUAUAUGUUAUGGUCCAUCACAAGAGUCCACAUGUGUUAUGUACAACUAAACGACUACGGAAUUCUGAACUGAUAGACCCAUCAUUCCAGUGGCAUGGGCCAAGAGGAAAAAUUGUUUCAGAAAACAACUCUAUACAAGUAACAACCACAGGAAGUCUUAUAUUCCAGAACUUUGAUGAAAGUAUGACUGGAGUUUAUACGUGUUUCAUGGAGUAUAAACCUACUUUGGAGGAAGUUGUAAAAAAUAUUCAACUAAAAUAUGUUGUAUAUGCUUAUCGUGAGCCUCAUUAUUAUUACCAGUUCACAGCUCAAUAUCAUGCAGCUCCCUGUAAUAGUAUAUAUAAUAUUUCUUUUGAGAAGAAGCUUCUCCAGAUUUUAAGCAAAUUGGUUCUUGACUUGUCAUGUGAAGUUGCUUUAAUUAAGUCCGAAUGCCAUCGUGUUAAAAUGCAACGAGCUGGCUUGCAAAAUGAAUUGUUUUUUACAUUUUCAGUUUUACCUCUAGACAUUUCAAAAGGACUAAAACAAUGUGCUGGUCGUAAAUGUGAACCUUCCAAAAGACUAUCUAAGGCUAAAAUGAUCAUAGAGAGGUUUUUUAAUCAACAAGUACAAGUUCUAGGCAGACGUGCAGAAGCAUUGCCUGAAAUUUACUAUAUUGAAGGCACUCUUCAAAUGGUUUGGAUUAAUCGCUGCUUUCCAGGGUACGGAAUGAAUAUCAUGAAACAUCCAAAAUGUCCUGAGUGCUGUGUGAUCUGCAGUCCUGGGUCUUAUAACCCUCGUGAUGGAACUCACUGCCUUCAAUGCAAUAACAGCAUGGUGUUUGGAGCAAAAGCGUGCUUUUAGGCCAUUAUUUUAACGUAUUCAGUGAUUUAUUAAAUGCAAAGUAUAGUUUUGAAAUAUUAACAUAUAAAUCACUGUUCUGCCCAAAUUAAAUAUAUUUUAUUUACAAAAACAAA